GCUCGUGCCCCGCCCACUCGUUGCCGGGGGCGGCGCGGCCGGGGCGGCGGGUGCGGGGUGCGGGGUGCGGCGGCGGAGCCAUGGCGGAGAGCGACUGGGACACGGUGACGGUGCUGCGCAAGAAGGGCCCCAGCGCGGCACAGGCCAAGUCCAAGCAGGCGAUCCUGGCAGCGCAGCGGCGGGGCGAGGACGUGGAGACCUCCAAGAAGUGGGCAGCAGGCCAAAACAAACAACACUUUAUUACAAAGAACACAGCCAAGCUCGACCGAGAAACAGAAGAGCUGCACCAUGACAGAGUUCCCCUGGAGGUGGGCAAAGUAAUCCAGCAGGGUCGGCAGAGCAAGGGCAUGACGCAGAAGGACUUGGCCACAAAAAUCAAUGAAAAACCACAAGUUAUUGCUGACUACGAAUCAGGAAGAGCAAUCCCCAAUAAUCAGGUUAUGGGCAAGAUUGAAAGAGCCAUUGGCCUUAAACUGCGUGGGAAGGAUAUUGGAAAACCACUCGAAACUGGCCCCAAAGGGAAGUGACAACAAAGCCUCGAAAUCAGUUUGUUCAGACUGAUCUCGUCUGGCUGGUUCUCCUUAGCCACCAGAAUCUCUCUUCGUAUUGCCAAGCUGAACAAGAGGGUUUCAGACUUGCUUUGGGGGGGGGAAAUCUGCAGAAUCUGUACCUGCUGUAAAAAGGCAACCUUAAAGAAGCGUUUGUCCUGAUUUUGUUUUUCCUUCCUCCUUUCCAGAGAUUGAAGAACUAAACCCAAAAAAAUACUGCAUCUAACUUGCCACAAAACAUGUGUGUCUUGGUGUUUAGAAGCAGCUAAUGUUAAGACACUUGGGGUGGCCUGAAAUGUGAUAAUUUAAUUGGAACAAUUUUUGGGAAGGGUGGGAUAUAUUAUAUAUAAAUAAUUUGGGAGAGUUGAGGGUUGAUCAGUGUCUGCAUUUGAAAUGAUGACUCAGUCACUGCAUUGCAAUGACGUUUUUUCUUUGUUCCUUCCAGCCUGUUUUAAAGAGAUCUAUAAUAAAGUUUGAUACCCUUCAGUUGCAUGGGGUAGUUG